UGACUACAGGGCGCCCUGGAGAUAAUUGGUGUCCUUGGAGUUGAAUAAGCUCAUUCUAAAGCACCUCAGGCCCGGGCCGUCCUGCAGCGCACUGUCUAUUGAAUAAUUGAUUGGGAGUGGGAGGAGGCGGCGACUAUCAGAUCUGAGCAUAAUGACUUUAUAUAAUUAGCACGCAGCGCAGAAAAAGCCAUUGGACUGUGGGAGUUGUGUGCAGGGGGAGGGAGCUGGGGGAGGCUGAGCCGAGGAGCAGCCGAGGAGCAGCAGAGGAGCAGCAGAGAAACAGCCGAGGAACAGCAGAGGAGCAGCAGAGGAGCAGCCGAGGAGCAGCAGAGGAGCAGCCGAGGAGCAGCCGAGGAGCAGCAGAGGAGCAGCCGCAGCCCUACACACUGACAUCAGCCAGAUUAGACCCGGAGAAAAGCACGUCUCUCCCCUCGGCGAUAACGCGGGGACGCCGCUCUGCUCCGUCCACGGGCUUUUUUUACGCAUGAGACGCACGAAGCGACUCCGUGGCCGCUUCUCUCGCGUUCCUCGCGGACUGAGGAGCGGAGCUGAAGUUUGAGCGGCUGCGGGUGGACGCCGCGGAGGACGUGGGCUCCGGUUCGUCACACGCGGAGGGAGCGCAAAGGAUGGUGCUGGAGAAGGAGGAGAGUGUGUCCCUCGUCCCCCUCCAGUCCAGAGAGAAGCCGAGAGGCUGCGCCGGCUGCAACAGGAGGAUCCGGGACCGCUUCAUGCUGCAGGCGCUGGACCGGUUCUGGCACGAGGACUGUCUGAAGUGUGCCUGCUGCGACUGCCGCCUGGGCCGCAUGGGCUCCACGCUCUACACCAGGGCCAACCUGAUCCUGUGCCGCCGGGACUACCUGAGGCUCUUCGGGGUGACGGGGACCUGCGCCGCCUGCAGUAAAGUGAUCCCGGCCUUUGAGAUGGUGAUGAGAGCCAGAGACAACGUGUACCACGUGGACUGCUUCGCCUGUCAGCGCUGUGGCCUCAGAUUCUGCGUGGGAGACAGGUUCUUCCUCAAGAACAACAUGAUCCUGUGCCAGACGGACUAUGAAGGAGGCAGCGGCGAGAGGCAGUGAGAGGUAAAGUUCUGAUGGGAAGAACUACAGGCCCGGGUCCGAAGCCAUGAGCUCACGUCACCGACGGUCACCAUGAACAUGGACCGGUGCUCGUUGAGCGGAGACCAGUGAGCACCGAUGCUGCCUGUUCCUUCAACAACAGAACCCUCAGAACCUCUAGAACACGCGUCAGCGUCCAGCUCAGACAGAGACCGGUCCAAAGCCGCCGCUCCAGACCCGUCUCCGCCCGGCGGGUCCGUGGGAGUCAAGAUCCAAGAGGCUCAGCUGAUCCUGACCUAACGUUUUUGUUCUUCCAGGAUGCAGAAGUAGAGUUUUCAUCAGUAGAAGCUCUGUGUGGAAAAGUAUUUACGAUGUGACUCUUAUUCUUUUGGUUCCGUCUGAUGACAAAUACUUUCAUUAGCUGUGAAUUAGUGAAGACUGACCACAUGCUUUAUUUGAGCCUCUGGUUCCUAUGGAAACCUUUGAUGUUUGGUUCCUCUCUCUGCAGAUCAGGCAGGAUGACUGGGAGCCAGGUGUGUGAUCGGAUCAGCCACCACGGACCGGAACCACUCAGGACCCGCUGUGCUUCUUGUGGACUCUGUUUGAAUAAUUGAAAGUCAUUUGUAAAGUUUGUAUUCCAUUUAAUCUGAAGUGUCAAAUGAAGCCAAUCGGAUCCGUCAAAUCCAAACAAGGUUCUGUUCGGUGUGUGCUGAGCUCCACUCCUCAGACACAGGAGGGAGCAGGACCUCAGCGUUGUCAUGACUCAUUAAACUAAGUCUGCGUUUCA